AUGUUAAAUGACGAGGUUGAUAGAAUUCCAGAUAAAUAUAUAGUUCGUCGUUGGAGACGCAAUCUAGUCCCAGUGGAGUGGUCACCAGCACGUUUCAGAUAUGAGGAAGUUGACGCUGAUAAGGAGAGGUUGAUGAGUGUUGCUUAUUCGUAUUUUGAACGUAUUCUAGGUCGAGUGCGAAAUGAGAAACAUAUUUUGUCAAAAUUUGUUGACCAACUUGAAGAAUGGGAUACAAAGAUUGAUAGUGAACUUCCUCUACAGUCACACGCUCAAGAGACAACAUCAUCUAUUAAAGAGUUUCUUGGAGUAUCUCAACCCGAAACUAUUGAUGUUCUACUUCCAACCAGCAUACAAAAUAAAGGUUGUGGGACUGGUAAGAGACUUAUUAGCGUCACCGAGAAAGCAAUCACGAAUGGCAAAAAGCAGAAGAGAAAGUGUCGGUUAUGUCGUCAAAUUGCUACACAUGAUUCAAGGAAUUGUUCAAAACGUGAUUUCACUUAA